AUGUGGUUUAUCAUCACCGAAGGUCCGUUAAAGAUUGAGAAGGCUAGAUCUAAGUGGACCUAUGAAGAUAAGAGAAAGAACAACCUCGAAAACAUAGCAAAAGACAUUCUCUACAAGAUAUUGGAUGACAACAUGUUAAACAAGAUCAUCACAUGCUCCACUACCAAAUAUAUUUGGGAGAAACUGACUCAACUGUGUGAGGACAAUGAGCAAACUAAAGAAAAUAGACUCAUGGCUGCCACACAGCAGUUCAAUAACUUGAAGAUGCGUCCUAGAGAGACGACGACUAAGUUCGAUGAAAGAUUCAACAAGAUUAUCACCACUCUUUCCACCUUGGGCAAGACUUACAACAACAGAGAUGUUGCAAUUAAAGUUACGCGUGCUCUGCCCAGGGAGUGGGAUAUCUAG